UAAAAGUGCUUGGUGACGGCAUGAACCUUCUGUGAACAGAGUGUCUUCUGAAUGCUGGCUCAGCUGUUUGGCUCUUCACCCCUGAAUGUCAACAAUAGGCUUAUAACCCUAACCCUUCAAUGACAAUCGGAGCACAGUGUGCUUACGUAACUAGGCUAGGUUCCCCCAUAUAUGGCGCAACAAAAAGGCACGCACAUCGAAGAGAUGACAGAAUCUUCACCUCCUUUUCCUCCAGCGAUUUCGUUCUACAAGGCAGCACCGUCUUGGACCACCAGCUCGUGCCACAUUCCGUGUCAGCAAUUCAUAGUAGCCAAGCCGGCCUUUCUUCGCGUUUGCUGGCCUUUGACUUGUUGAUUCUUUUUUCUUUGUUUUCUUUGAUUCUCAUCAUUUGGAGCAUUUGUGAUAGCACGGCAAUAUUGGCAAGACAGAAGCAACAAAUUAUGAUUUUAUUAUUCGCAACACCUGAAAUUUCCAUUUACCUUGUGACUGUUUUGCUCAUCACUUCAUAAUGUUUCUUCGUUCUCUCUCCUCAUCCUGAGACAUUUGUCCACAAACAUAGAGGUAGCUUAGCAUCCGUCUUCUCUUACGUAUCGGUAGGAAUCCAGUCAGGAUACCUCGCA